AUGGGUGUUGGGCGUCGUAUGAGAAAGCAGGGGCCCCCAGCGUCUCUAGAGGAACUGGGGGUCAAUUUGAAACGAAAGACCGCCAACGAUGAGCCCGAGAAGCCUGCCCGAAAGAAAAGGAAGUCGGACGAGAGGCCGCAGACGACGACAAACACCCCAAAGAAACUUGUCAACCUCGAUCGGGCCUUCCGAAAUGACUCUCCUACGGUGCCGGCUAAAUCAGGUGCAAAGACCAAAGUCAAGCUCAUCAACAACGAUGCGCAAAUAACCGUCCCGCCUCCCAUACCCACUGCUACCUCCGAGGGGAUUGAUGGGGACGAGGAAGACGAAGGCGAAGAGAGCGAUUUCGAUGCCACCGGAGUACCAUUGAAUACUGUCUCCCUGGCAGAUCUGGGAAGUGAGGACGACGAUGAAGAUGACGAUGAUGAACUGCUACAAGCAGAUCUCGACGGUGACAUCUCUGACGACUCCGUCUACGACUCCGACCAAGAAGAACGCCCGCGGCGCAUGUUUUCCGACGAUGAGGACGAAUCUGACGCCGAGGCGAAACUCACCGCUGCCAACAUCGAAGGUCUUUCGCGAAAGCUUGACCAACAACAGGCGCAAGAGGAUGCAGAAGCUCAACAAGAGUUGGAAGACGCAGCCCUACAAACAAACAUUGCCAAAGACGAAGGCGUGCUGGACUCGGCCACUGCGCAGGGCCUUGCUCCCGACCUGUCCAUCAUUCGCACAAGAAUGACCGAGACCAUCCGCAUCUUGGGCAAUUUCUCACAGCUCGCGGACAAGACCAAAUCGCGAACUGACUACACCGAACAGCUGCUCGCGGAUAUCUGUACAUACUACGGCUACACGCCUUUCCUGGCUGAGAAGCUUUUCUCGCUCUUUACCCCGGCGGAGGCAUUUGCCUUCUUUGAGGCCAACGAGACACCCCGCCCUGUCGUCCUCCGGACAAAUACCCUCCGCACCAACCGUCGCACGCUUGCCCAAGCCCUGAUCAAUCGAGGAGUGGUCUUGGAACCUGUCGGAAAGUGGUCCAAGGUCGGCCUUCAAGUUUUUGAGGCGCCUGUACCGCUGGGUGCAACACCAGAGUACCUUGCCGGACAUUAUAUCCUUCAAGCUGCCUCCUCAUUCCUGCCCGUCAUGGCCCUCGCACCUCAACCAAAUGAACGGAUCCUAGACAUGGCUGCAGCUCCAGGUGGAAAGACCACGUAUAUUUCGGCUCUGAUGCGAAAUACCGGCGUCGUAUUUGCCAACGACGCCAACCGCCAGCGAGCCAAAGGUCUUAUCGGUAACAUUCAUCGACUAGGGUGCAAGAACACCAUUGUCUGCAACUACGAUGCGCAAAAGGCCUUCCCAAAGGUCCUCGGCGGUUUCGACCGUGUAUUGCUGGAUGCUCCCUGCUCCGGUACGGGCGUCAUUGGCAAAGACCCCAGCGUGAAGACGUCCAAAAACGAACGUGAUUUCCUGGCCCUGCCGCAUCUGCAGAAACAACUUCUCCUGUCCGCCAUCGAUUCGACCGACCACGCCAGCAAGACGGGCGGCUACAUCGUUUAUUCCACCUGCUCGGUCACCGUUGAAGAGAACGAAGGGGUGGUCCAGUACAUUUUGCGAAAACGACCAAACGUCAAAAUCGUCGACACGGGACUGGGCAAUUUUGGAUCCGAGGGGUUCAAGAGCUAUAUGAACAAAAAGUUUGACGACAGGAUGACAUUGACGAGACGGUACUUUCCCCACCGAGAGAAUGUGGAUGGGUUUUUUGUGUGCAAGUUGAAGAAGACGGGGCCAACGCCGAAGGGCAGCAAUGCGGAACAGACGAAUCGGGUCGAGCACCUGCAGUCAGAUGCACGGGCCGUCCUCAAUGGAGACCGCGAGUUAGAAACCAACGGCAAUGGUGCGGUGGACGAGGAGGCGCAUGACGACUUUGGCGGGUUCAAUGACGAGGAAGACAAGGAAUUCAUCGAGCGGGCGGAGAAAAAAUGGCUCAAAGCCAGAGGAUUGGACCCUCGAGUGGCGGAUCGCAAAAAGCAGGAGCAGGAGCAGGGCCAGGACGAGCAUAAGCAGAAGCAGAUGCAGCCAAAGAGGGCUAAUGGCGAGGCCGCCAAACAGAUGAACGGCAAGAAGUCCAAAAAGGAGAUGAAGACGAAGAAGUAA